AAAAAACUUGUAACACUGUGCGAGAAGGGUUUCUAAAUGCGGUGUCCCUUUUGCAAUCUUCGUCUCUGGGCUCUUCGUGCUCAUCGUCUGCAAAAUAAAAAUGAGCCUCUUUCAAAAUCCAUGCGAUCCCCGUACUCGUCAUCUCGCUUGCUCUCUGGCAUCUUCGCAAUCUUCGUCCUCUUUCUAAUAACUAGAACUUCGUCCUCCUCUUUCUUUUUUCCUUAACCUCUCUUUCCAGUACUUGUCUUGUCUGUAAUCUCUAUUAUACCAUUAUCAAGCCAGUGAUCAUAUCUUUCCAAGCUCUCUAACCCAUCUCUCUGUGUCAUCUUUUCCCACCACCUACUCACUUUUACCUCUUCUUCAUCCCCACCUCAUCAAAUCCUCAAUUUUAGGGUUUUGUUUUUAUUUUUCCUGUAUUCAAUUUUUUUUAUAUUCUUUCUCCGAUAACUUUCCCUCGAGUAUCUACCUUUUAGUCUUCAUUUUAUGCCCUUGGCCUGUUCAUUUCACUACAGUUCUGUUCGAUCUCUUCUUUUUCUUCCACCUUCCAGAUUUUCUGAAACCCCUUGGAUCCCCAGCACAUUUCUUCCGCGUUUUCUCUGUUUUAGCAUGUGGUUACGUGUCCAGCCACUCCUUCUUUACCUUUCUGCUUAGGGAAUCUCUAUCCUUAGCAAUCUCUAUACUGCUUCUCUAUUUACUGCUUUCCUUUGUGUCAUACAUGGCAUACCACCAGAUCCAGGGUCACACGCCCACGCCUGGAUCCAAUUCAAGUUCUGGAUUUCAACCAAUAAGCUCCCCUUUUGGUGAUACGACUUAUACCAAAGUAUUUGUUGGAGGAUUGGCGUGGGAGACCCAGAGCGAAACCAUGCGCCGAUACUUUGAGCAGUUUGGCGACAUUCUUGAAGCUGUUGUAAUUACUGAUAGGAAUACAGGCCGAUCCAAAGGCUAUGGUUUUGUGACUUUCCGGGAUCCUGAGGCUGCUAGAAGAGCCUGCGCUGAUCCAACUCCUAUCAUUGAUGGAAGGAAGGCCAAUUGUAACCUGGCUUCACUUGGCCGACCAUGGCCUCCUGUGCCAUAUGGACGGAUAAGGCCAGCUGCUGCUUACAUGGGAAAUUUGCAACCAGCCCGAAAUCCGUAUGUUGGAAGUUUUGGCUAUCAGCAGCCACCUUCUUACAACUAUCAACAAGGAUUGGUUUAUCCUCAUUAUGGGUAUCCAACAUAUGGACCUGAAUAUGUAUACCCACAGGGUUUGUACAACCCAUAUACGGGCCAGCAAUACGUUCAGAUAUAUGGAGUGCCUGGUGCAGUGAAUAAUGCUAUUUAUCCUUAUGGGCAGUUAGGUCAAGCUAUUCCCAGUAGUCAUGGUUAUGCAGGAAUGCAGGGCUAUGCUGUAACUGGUCAUCACAUUGUGCCUUAUGGUGGAACCAAUGUUAAUGCCCUGACUACUUCACCUAUGCCUACCAUUCAAGUACCAUAUCCCAGUGAUCAAUGUGAUUGGUAUACAUAUUGGUUUUUCCAGGAAUUGCUGCACCAGUUCCCGGACAACCACAAUUUAUUGUCCCUGCGCCUUCUCAGUUUAUGCAAGGUACUGGUCCUGACCAAGCAGCUGGGUGAGGGGGCGAUUAAGGUAUCCUUAGUUUGCAGCAGGACUAAGAGCAGUGGAUCUGCUACGUGUGUGGCGGGCUUCCAAUCUAGCCUUGCAAGUUAUAUAUAUUGCAUUCUAGAGGUUAUAUUUAGUCAUGCUCACCAUCUAGUUGGGUCGGAGUUUCUCCGGGCGCAGAAGGAAACUGGAAGAUGCUGGCUGCGUUUCCAUUUGGACAUUUAUAUAGUGUAUUUAUACAAUUAUACCCCAUGCUACAAGCGCUCAGGAAGAGUGGCAGUAGUAUUGGAUCAAUGGGUGCUGGAAAGGGUUUCCAGCGGCCAUGUAGAAAUGUGAUUUUUUUUUAGUCUUGUCCUGUGUUGAGUUUGUAGAUAGUUGUCAAUGUUUAUUAACUGUGUGAUAAAGGAUGGUCAAUUUCACUGAAUACGAUUUUUGUGUAUAUAGUAGUUGCUAGAAUAUCUGCCAGAAAUUUGGGGUCCAAUUAUGAUUUGUAAGAAUCUGUCUUAAAAUUAGGGUAGCAUGAUCGGGAAUUUUCAACAGAGAAGAUUGAUUUGGUUUCU